AUUCAUUGAUAGUUUCACAGGUUGGGCUGGGUUGAUUAAAUUGCUGCAACGCACACAAUUAGGAAAGAGGUUAUGUUUUAAUAAGCGACAUCAAUAACAUUUUGUAACAAAACAAACAAUAACAGUGCCGUGUUUCGGUAUUUGAUAUUGGAGUUGGAAGUUUAUGUAGAGAUAAAAUGAGUAAAGAAAACACGACUAAAAAACUUAUUAGAUCGAAAUCUGGGUUAAGAAUUGUUGCAGUGGAUGAUAAUUAUAAAAGCCCAUUCCUUCUGUGUGAACCUCAGUGGAUUCCGGAUAAAGAGGCCCCAAUAUGUACCAGAUGUGGGAUAAAAUUCAAUUUCACCACUCGUCGGCAUCACUGUCGCCGCUGUGGUCAGAUCUACUGCAGCACGUGUUGUGACCACAAGCUGGAGUUGCCCAGGAUGUGUUUCAUAGAUCCUGUGCGUAUCUGCCAGAACUGCACUCCGGCCACCCUCGAGGAGAACAAGUUCUUUGACCAGCAAAUCAAAACGCUCACAAAUGGUGCUACUUUUAUGCUAGAAAACAACCAGAUGAUUCUCUCAACCACAGAUCUUCUACAAUGUAAACUGUCUCCUGACCACAGGCAUUUGAUGUUUGAUGGUGUGAAGUUGGCACCACUUGAUAUCAACACCAUCACAGCUCUUCGAGUAGACAAGGAUCCGAUCAACGGGGUGAAGAGUGUGGAAAUAGAAUACAGUGUUGCCAACAGUGUGGAGAAGAACUGCGUCAGGCUUGCCACCACACCAGAGCUAGAACACCGCAAGACUGGUGCCUCCUGGAUAGCUGCAAUGCAGCAGGCAGUAAAAAUGUUAGACAGCUGCUAAAUGGAGAUUUCCUCACGGAUCCAUCACUACUCUGACUAGCUACCUUGAAUCUACUCAGCGUCUUUAGUCUAGCUGAUAUUCUGAUUAUCACUACUAUUUCUAUUGUCAAUUUACAGGCAAUUUGACCAUACCUUUGCCGGCUCUAGAAUGUUUAAGUUUUUAUAGAAUAUAGUAAUUUAGUAUACUGUCUUAGGGGUUUAUGUAACUGAACAUCGGUUUGUGAUAGUCUUGAACAAAACUCUGUAUUUUUAUUGCUUUUAGUGAAGUACGUACCUUUUAUUUAAAACAAAUGUAUAAAUAUAAUAGUAACCAUUUUAACACUAUUUACAAACAAGGGUCUGAAACAUUUACUCUUAUGUGUGGAAAAUAUUUCAUUAGGAGAUGUUUUAUUUUCUUUCAGUGUUUAAUUUUAUACUCAUUUAUUUAUUUUUAAAUAUAAUAGAUAGUUAUAUAACAAAAAAAGUACUAAAACACUGGUGUUGUAGUGAGAAACCGUUUUAACAUCAAUGUCCAGAAACACAACAUUAUUUAUACUUGAUAAUCUCUUUUCUCGUGAUACUGUGAUGAGAGUAUCAGAUUGAUAUGGAAUUGCCUUUUUUAAGACCUAUUUUCUAUUACAUGUUUGUAUUUCAAGAACGCAUCGCUUUCCUUGUAAACAAAGAAAAGCUAAUUACAGCUCUCUGGCUUAUUUGCAUGCCUUAUUCUGAGUCUUAAAUUGUUUCCACCAUUUGCAAGAUUUGGUAGCUUUUUCAUACCAAGAAAUGGGUUAGCAGCAGGAAUGUAUUGAUAGAAAAGGAGAUACCCUAUUUAGGUUCUAUUUUCUUAUAUCUCUUUACAUAAAUGUAACGCAAAGUUUUAUUUCCGAAAACACUCCAUCGAUUCAUCAUCGUACUUUCUUCAUGUACCUUAAAAUUGUCCAUUUCUUCUGUGCUUUGCCACAUCAAUUUGUAGAAAAUGUUCACUUCUUGGGUCUCUUUGGAGGAAGCUCGUAAUACCCUUCUUUCGAACAUUUCUCUACAUCUUAUCUUAAUCUUCAUUAGGGAAACCUUUUUCAAUUCACUUUCAUUGACUGUCUCAGUUAUCAUGUUAAGUUACGAGGAGUACGUUAUGUGAGGGUAAGCAGAAUUGUCCUUCAGUCGUCUUCCCCCAGGGUGGCAUUUGGUCUUCUCUCCUUAAGUAGAUCGGUGUCUUCUCGGUUCGUAGCUCUAAUCACAGGACAUGGUCACCUGACGAAGUAUCUUCACAGAGUCAGCAUUUUCUGGGAGGAUUCAUUCUGUAGAAUGUGUACCAGGCAAGAGGAAAUUGCUGAACACCUGCCCUUUGACUGUCCUGCAAUAGCAAGGGAGUGCUACACCAUCUUUGGUAGUCUGGACAAGGACGGUGAAUUCCACUGAUCGGUUAUUUUCAGCAGUUAGUAGAACUCCUGAAAUUGGAAACUAGUAGGCCUCAUCGUAUACUUCCGGGAUGUGCAAAAAAGGCCCCUAAUGUUUAAGUGCAUGGCAAAUGGCUGCUCCUUAGAUGAAGAAGAAGAGUGUUGCACUUCACGAGACAGCUCGUGUCCAAGUGACUGACUCAAGGCCAAGUCAUUGCAGGCUGAAGUUCCACUGUCCAUGCUUUCUGUGCUGUUCAAAUUGUUUAAUUAUAUUAUUAUGUCUGUUUUACCCGAAGGAGAAGAUAAUUCGUCAUCACUCAUAUCAGUGGGGGAAAAUAAAACAGUUCUGUAUCAGAAGUGUUCAGGUUGUUGUUGCCUACAUGAGAUUCAUCAUUAGUUGUCCAUAACGGUCUUCUCCAGAUUAUUGUUACUUACGGUACGGUCUCUUCGUGACGAUUUUAUCAGCUCUGUGGGUAUCGACACUAUAAACUCCACUACUUUAACUUGAUAUUCAUCUCCUAUUCAUAUACCUCUCGACAUUGAAGGAUUUUAAUAUAAAGCGUGUGUAACGUAUGAUGACCUUUUAUUUCAUCAUCACUAUCUGAAAUUCCACUUAUGUUACCUUACUUAUGUUUAUGUAAAACCUUUUCAAUUCCGACACUUCUCAGGGACCAUAAACUAUUUUGUAUCAAUAUUUUUUGUCCCAUUCUGCUUGGUCCAUUGAUCGUAUCGUCUCACAUAGUCAUAUCGUUGCCUUUCACUUGGAUAUUGCCACAACGCUGUGUAUGUUACUCUCGUACAUAUUUGCUUCAUUAGCAGUGCAAAUCGUCAAUGUUAUGUUCCAUUUCUUCUUCAAGGAUCUUCAUUUCUUCGUCUGACUUCAUCAUAGGCUUUAAGGCCUCUUCUGCAUUGAUCUUCUCUUCGUCAUCGCCAUCAGUUUCUUAGUGACUGAAUCGAAAUUCUUCUCUUUAUACAGCAAGUAGGAUUUUUCCGUAGCAAUAUCAGAAAUACGUAACACCUUUAUGGCUUUACAAAAUUCCAACACAAAAAAAAACUAGAAAUUGCAAUUAACAACACUGGGUUUUAUUACAUUACAUGUUAAAUUUGUUGUUAAAUUUGUUAGAUGUAUGGUCCUGAUUCUGAAUAAAGGCGUGAAAAUGAGUUGGAGAGUUUCAAGAAUACCAUGGCUGUAUUCGUAGAGUUUUUUUUUUAAGACACUAAUGAAAGAGUUUAUAAUAUUAAUAACAAUUGAUAGAUACCAUUUGUUGCAAGUUUGUUUGUAAUUAUGAGAUAGUUUCAUUGUUUUCAAUAAAUUAUCUACAAAACGAUUCUGAUUAAAAGUAACAUUUUCUCUUGUCAUACCAAUUUUGAUUCAGCACAUAUCUAUUUUCAUUUAAUAACAUUUUGUCGUUUGUAUUAUUUGUCUUGUCCCUAUUAUAUGAAUAUUCAUGACAAAAUUAGAUUGCAUGUUGCCUUAACUUUUGUCAAUUACUCAUAUUUUGCUCAUCACGUUAUAUUAAUAUUGUUCAGCCAGAAUAUUGUAGUUUAAGGUUGUAGUAAUAAAUAACAAUUUAUAAUUUAUAAUAAUUUAUAAAUUUCAUUAAUAAUUUAUUUUAUUUCAACUAUGGUAUAAUAGAAUGUAUAUUAUUUUAUGAAAAUCAUUGCAGAAGGGGACUCAAAGUAUAUAAUGACCGUUAAAUAUACAGGAGACCAUUAUGGCCUACAAGUGAAGAAUCUCGUACGCAACAACAACCUGAACAACACUGAUAUAGAACUGUUGAUCUCUUCCACUGAUAUGAGUGAUGAUGAAUUAUCUUCUCCUUCUGCUAAAACAGUCAUAAUAAUAUAAUUAAACAAUUUCAACACAGAAAGCAUGGACAGUGGAGCUCCAACCUGCGAUGACUUGGCCUUGAGUCAGUCACUUGGAGUCAACAACAUAACCUCAGCAUGAAAGUUCAAGCACUCCAUCAAACCAAACAAAGAGGAUGGUCAACCCAUGUUUCUACAUAACUACUUCGGACAUUUUGUGGUUGAGUAGAUAGAUGUUAAUUGAAAUUGAUGUGACCAUUCUAUGGAAUACCAUGUAACCCAGAAUUGUUUUCUGGUAUUCUCUGAGAAAAGGGGACAGAGCCAUCUGCCUUUGGAAAUGUUUACUUCUCAUUUAUUCUAGACUCCCUGUUUUGGUGAAUAGAUUUGAAUCAAAAUUGGUAUGAACGUACCGUGGAACAAAAUAUUGACAAAAAUUAGCUCAAAGUGACUUAGUGUUAAGAAGUCAGAUAGCCAAGACCAGAAGCAUAUUAUACACAACAAUCUUGGAUGUCCUGUUUAUGCCUGGAUUGUAACCAAAAUUCACAUGGAUUUUCUGCGUUGACAAGUUUGUAAUUGGCAGAAGGGGUGAAGCCCCAGGGCACAUAUUAUUUUCUACUUGACUACUUACUCUUUAUGCUCUUUGGUUGCAUAGAUUUUAACCAAAAACUGGCAUGCGUAUUCUAUGGAAUGUAAAUUAACUGAGGAUUACUAGAAAUCAAAUUUUAAACCGAGGCAAAAACCCAGGCCCAGAAGUAUUAUAGAAAUUCUGGACGUAGUUAUCUAUGAAUUUUAAUGAAAUUUGCAUAGAUGUUCUAUGAUCGAAAGUUUUGAUGGCAAUCAGACCAACAGGUGUAGAGCUCAGGGCCAGAACCCUUUUCUACUCAGACAUUCUAGACGUUUUAACGUCGGAUUGAUUCCAACCAACAGUUUACAGUUUCAUGGAAAAUCCGUGGAAUAAAUUUUAACCCGAGAUAGUUUGUUUUUCAAUUACCUCCAAGCAAAAGGGGAGGAGUUUCUGACCCGAAAGCAUUUCGUGCACUAAUCUUGGGUGUUCUUGUUAUCCGCGAGUCUUAUUUACCGCAUAUUAAAUUGUUAAUUUUAUUUAACUUGUUUUCAUUGAUUGUAACCGAAUCUGCAUGGAUGUUCCACAUUAAUUUAUAGUGCCAAGUUUUUAAUUGCUUCAGUCAGACUUGGCAAUGUACAGACAAAUUUCAAAACCUUUGUUACUACGUGAAAUUAGUGUUAUUGUUAUUUGUCGAUAUUUAAAAUCGGAGCAACUGUAUUUUUCAUAUUAACCGCUGUUAUCACAUUAAUUUUUAUGUUAGAGUAUGCUUUUUCAAUUUGUUGGCAUGUUUUUGAAUUGUUAAUCUUUCCUUGCACAGAGUAGAAGUAAUAUAUUAUACUGUUAGUCAUUAUAUUCGUGUAUUAGCUUCUAGAGUAGAGACCCACAUUCUCAUGUUAUUUGUGAAUUACAUUUUAUUUCUGAACAAUUACCUUAGUUAAUAUUUUUAUUACGCAUUUUUAUAAUCAACUUUUGUUUGUAAUCUCAGUUGUAAUUGAUAAAUAGAUAUUUUAAAUUGUAUGAAAUAUGAAGAUAUGGUGGGAUAUGUGAUUUUACACUGUAAUAACGCUAUAAACCUUAUUUUUAUUGAUUAAGAGAUUAAAGCUGUUAUUUGAAGGCAAAAUAAAAGUUGUAUGCUGUGCUUUUAAUAUUAAAACGAAAGCUUUUCUUAAUUGUUUUCUUUAAAGCUUGAACUUUCAGAUGAACCAGUGUUGAAGUUCAUUUGUUUGUUUUUCAUUAUGUAUUUACACCUGAAAAAUAUUUUAAUGCGGGAUUUUUAUCACAGCAAGCUUAGAGGUUAGUUAAUCAAUUACGGACGUACUGUGAAGAGAUUAGUUAUUAGAUACUGGUUUUCUUUUGUCAACACAAGAACAGCUGGCCAUUAUUUAAAUUUAAUAUUGUUAGAAGUAAUGCAGAGAUAAUAUAUUGCAAAAUUAGGACUGAAGGAACAUUUGGCAGCGGUAGAUAGAAAUCUAUGCAAUACCACUUCCAAUAUAAUUAGUAGUUGACCUAGUCUGUUUAUCACAAUAAUGACGUUAUUCUCAAAUUAUUAAUCCAUUAAUUGUUCAUAUGUUACAAAAUCAUUGUUAAUUCUUUUCCUAGACUAUUUCACGGUUUGGCAAGAUUUUUGUCCUAAAAUUAGUAUUCAUACAGUUUAAAUUCUCUUCAAAACAUUAAAAACUGUACAAUGUAGGUUUAUAAUUUUUUUUAAUGCUUUAUUAACCGGUUGAAUCAGGGUAAAAUACAUAUCGUACUACGUGGGUAGGUUAAGGUGAUGUUGACAAAACGUUAACUAUUUUAACAAAAAAUAGGACUUCCACUUUUUUAUUAAAGAAAUGUUUAUGAAAUAUUUUUAUACUGUUUGGAUGCAGCUGACGAUGGGAGCGGAUGAUAUUGACUCAACUCUUUUAGUUUUUGAAGUAGAAUAAUGUUUAUAUUUAAAGAAAGCAACUAUUUUUAACUAAAUGUCCAAUGCAUAUGAUUGCAUUUAGUGUUUUAUUUGUAUUCAUUAUGAAAAUAGGUAUUAGUUCUGUUCUUUGAACAACUAUCGUAAAGCUCAAGUCUUUUUUGCCAAAUAGCUUACUGUGCAUUAAGUUUCAUUACAUUAACUGUUUAUAUGUAACAUUAUAUUGUACCUGUGUUAAAUUAUAUAAUAAAUUUAUUUACAACA